AUGACUAUUGAUCCAAGAGAUAUUAAGUUACCUGCAUAUAUCGCCGUUACUAUUUGUGGAAUUGCACUCAUUCUUGCUUGCAUCGGUAUUGGUACACCUAGAUGGCAAGUUACAUAUACUGAUGCACCCAAUAAUACAGUAGUAUCUACUACUACCAAUUUUUAUUAUUAUUGUGCUGCAACUAGUACAAGUUGUACGAAUUCAAAAUAUUCAACUGAUUCUUACAUUCAUUUGAGACAAGCUUCUGGCUUAGGUAUUGUUGGUAUUCUAUUUGUUUUCUUUGGUACAAUCGGAACUUAUAUGGUUGCCAUUGCAACAGUCGAUGAUUCAUUAAAAAUUAAAGAUAGAUAUUAUUGGGAUAUACAUCUAACAGUAGGACCAUUUUUUCUAUUUGUUGGAACUAUAACAAUGUUAGCAGCAUUAGCUGAAGGUUCAAAAACAAUUUAUUAUAAUGGUUACUCAGCAAAUUUAUAUCAAACAGCACAUAUUCUUGUAAUGUUUGCAUUGCUUUUAAGUGCAUAUGCAUCAGGCAAGCGGUCAUUAUUUGGUGACUCUUCUAGUGAGAAACUAUCACAUACAUAGUUUACUCGCUGAGUAAUUCUUGCAUAUCUAUUUAAACAAACUAUUCUUACUUUUAUAUCCCAAACUACCUUCCUUGAAUGCGUAAUUUUUUCCAUUUUUCUUCUUUUCAUAUAUCGAUGUAUCGAACUAUUUUUAUUUAAUAAAGUAUUGCUUAUAUUAAGAAUUAUCGGUUUAAAUUGAAUCAGAAAACUUUUGGUGAGCUUUUCCCUAGACUGAAAGGCUAGGGUCUAGCAACCGAAAUUCACCUGUGUCAGUCUGUCUAUCUGUCUGUCUGUCUGUCUGUCUGUCUGUAACACUUGGAACAAAUGACCACUUUCAUGGUACAAAGUACCAUAGUUACGGUGCAAGUGGCCAUGCUUAUGCUACGAAGUACCAUAGUGAUGGUACAAAGUAACAUAGUUACGGUGCAAAGUACCAUAGUUAGGGUGCAAGUGACCAUUCUUAUGCUACACAGUACCAUAGUGAUAGUACGAGUGACCAUUUUUGUGGUACGAAGUACCAUAGUGAUGGUUCAAAAGACCACUUUCGUGGUACAAAGUACCAUAGUGACGGUACAACUGGCCAUGCUUAUGCUACGAAGUACCAUAGUAAUGAUACAAAGUACCAUAGUGAUGGUACCAAGGGGGAAACAACAGAGACUUCAGCCGUGAAGCCUUGAAAGUCUUUUGAAGUAUUCUGAAGUCUCUUGAAGUCUUAUGAAUUCUCAUAAAGUCUCUUGAAGUCCCUGAAGUCUCAUAAAGUCCCUUGAAGUCAUUGAAGUCUCAUGAAGUCUCGUGAAGUCUAAUGAAGUCUCAUGAAGGGGGUGGGUGUGGGUGGCUGCAGGCCCCUCCAUGUGCAGGGGGAUGCCGAGGGCUAGCCCUCGGCACUGUUUUAGCGUGUCUGCGAAAAUUUUGCUAUUUGUCUGUGAAAUUUUUAGUAGCGCUUAGAGUUCGGAUUGAAAGGGACUGGCUGUCGCAAAGGUAUUCCAGUGCGCCUAGAAAACCUAGAUGAAGACGGCUUUUCUUUUGGUCUUCACUUCUGACUUUUGGGAAAAUUGGGAAGCAUUUAUGAGUACUGUCUGCGAAAAAUUAUUAGCCACCGCCACUCUUAAAAACAAUCGAGAGCCCUGGGUGGGUGUGGGGCGCGGGUGUUUCUCUGCUCCGAACACGCUCCAUACCCACAACCCACACCCACGCUCACACCCGAACCCACCCCACACACCCACACCCACACCCACACCCACAACCACACCCACCCACACCCCUCACUCACACCCACCCACACCCACACCCACACCCACACUCACACCCACACCCACACCC